CUUCAUCAACGACCUGGAUGAGGGGACAGAGUGUACCCUCAGCAGGUUGGCUGAUGACACCAAACUGGGAGGACUGGCUGAUUCCCCAGGAGGCUGUGCUGCCAUUCAGCGGGAUCUUGACUGUCUUGAGAGUUGGGCAGAGAGGAACCUCAUGAGGUUCAACAAGGACAAGUGCAUCUGGGGAGGAACCAUCCUUUGUACAGGCUGGGGAUUGGCUUGCUGAAGAGCAGCUCUGCAGAGAGAGACCUGGGAGUCCUGGUUGAUAAUAAACUAACCCUGAGCCAGCAAUGUGCCCUGUGGCCAAGAAGGCCAAUGGCAUCCUGGGAUGCAUCAAGAAGAGUGUGGCCAGCAGGUGGAGAGAGGUUCUGCUUCCCUUCUACUCUGCCCUGAUGUGGUGGUACAGCUGGAGCCAUCCUGACCUGUCCUCUGGAAGUGGUGAAGACACGUCUACAAUCAUCCCAACUGACACUGCGGCCUCUCUGCCUCUCGGAGGUACAGCUGCCAGGGAUGAGCAUGCGGUUGAUGAACGCCAGCCCACCAUCUCCUGGAGUGCUCAAGUUGCUGAGGGCCAUCCUUGAGAAGGAAGGCAUGCGGUCCCUGUUUCGAGGUCUGGGUCCAAACCUUGUUGGAGUUGCUCCUUCCCGGGCUAUAUAUUUUGCUGCCUAUUCUGGUGUUAAGGAGAGACUCAAUGCUGUCCUUGUACCGGAGUCCAAGAAAGUACACAUGCUAUCAGCAGCCUGUGCAGGUAUUACCUGUUCCACACUCACCAACCCUAUCUGGUUAGUGAAAACCAGGAUGCAGCUGGAAGCCAGGGUGAAGGGGGAGAUGGCCAGCAAUGCUCUCCAGUGUGCCAUGCACGUGUACCGCACGGAAGGCCUCCGUGGGUUUUACCGUGGAAUCACUGCCUCCUACGCCGGAGUGUCAGAGACCAUCAUACACUUUGUCAUCUAUGAAGCGCUGAAACAGCAGCUGAGAAACAGCCAUCAUUCCCUUUCCUCACCCCUUACGCAUUCACCAAACAGGAAUGAUUUCUUUGGACUAAUGGGAGCUGCUGCUGUCUCCAAAACAUGUGCUUCGUGCAUUGCAUAUCCACAUGAGGUCAUUCGGACACGGUUGCGAGAAGAAGGGUCACGAUACCGUUCUUUUAUACAGACUCUGCAGCUUGUGGCCCACGAAGAGGGACCCUUGGCUUUAUACCGAGGGCUUUUGGCUCAUUUGAUCCGCCAGAUCCCAAACGCAGCUGUCACGAUGGCUACCUAUGAACUCAUCGUACUUUUGGCCUCUUCCUCCUUGUAAGCUGUGCUGCAGCAUCUGCCUGAGGCUGCUGUAGGGAUAAGACCGCGUGGUCCUGAGACUUGAUUUUUUUCUGUGCUGUGAGAGGCAGUGCUUUCCAUUGCAUAUGAGCACUGGCCAGGCGUGGCCUUCUUGGGACAUAGGAAUAUUUUGUGCAAAGUUUUUGGCUCCAGUGUGCACAAUGUAGCCUUUCUUCUUUUUUGGAGAAUUGAUUUAAUCCAGUGCUUCAAGGUGUCAGGGUGCUGGUUUCAUAACUGCUGUAAGUUGCUGUUGUGAAAUGAGGGAACUUACUGGGAAGAAGAAAAAGGAGACCUAUAUGAAUACCUUAGAGACUCGCAGCAUCUUCACUUCUUUCGGACCCAGUAGCAACCAUACGUGGGCAUGGUGGACACGAAGACAGGCUAGAACUGAGCCAGCUAAGAACUGCAGCAAGCAGAGAUUUCGUGCUGAGACCUUCUCUGCCCUCAGAGGGGCUCUUCCACUUUCACCUCCCUAGAGAGGAUUUCUCAACCUUGGCUGCCAGCAGAUGUCCUAUUGCAGAAUCUUCCUUCAGGUCCUUUAACAUGUUGCAGCCAUUGCCUCGAGACAUGUCAGGCAGCUGACAGGCUCUUUUUGUCUUGCAGAGUCUGAAUAAUCAGACCAAGUAGAUCAAGGGAAGCAGCACAACCUGCUACAAAGUGCUGCCCUAACAACUGACACUGCUGGACGGUAUCUGUUGUGUUUCCAUUCCUUCCAUUCCCAACAGAAAGAGGAGGACAUCUCUUUCCCUCAGAAGUGCGGUGGCUAUUCUACAAGCUGAAAACCCUGGUAUGAAACAUACUUGUUUAUGCAGGUCAAGAAAGUGGAUCAGGUGAAAAGCCAGAUGAAGCUGAGGAGUUGGCUUGUUUCUGUUGAUGGUACACUAAGUGUGUGGAAGGAGCCUUAUCUUUUUUCCUGUAAUUGAGAAUUCAGUGUGCUACGUUUGUAUGUAUUACACUUGCCUCUGACAGGCUGGAAUCCCGCCUGUUCCUCUGUUGGGUCCUGGGGAAGGCUACAUUGUGUUUACAAAGAGUAUUUUGACUCAUAAAGGUGGAGGGAUGGGGUCAGGGGUGAUAAGUUUUUCUUGCUCCACCACAUAUGUUAAAAAAACAACAUAACCCUUCCCUGAGAUGAGGUGGUAAUUUCAGUAAAUACAUGUUCUGGACAAUCUCCAGUCUCACUUUGGAGGCUACACUGACCGUUUCUUUCUCUGCUUGUAGUGAAGAACUGCAGAAGCCCUGAACGUUUUAUUUGAAAUCCAUUUAUUUUAAAAUCCA